AUGUCGGCGCCCGCGGCGAAUCAAGACCCCGGGCAAUCGAGCUCCAGCAGCUCCAACCCGUCUCCCCAACCCGCCGCCUCUCCCUUCGCCGACCCUUCACCACCGCAACAACCUCAAAACCAGCACCAAGAUAAGCUCCAUACGCCGCCGCUGCUGAAUCCUCAGCAAUCAAACGUCCCCUCAGCCAAGAAGGAGAAGAAGCGUGUUGGUUUUCACGGCGACGACAGACCGCCCAGUAUUGUAGUUGGCGACGACUAUUUCUCCCAGAACAUGUCUCCAGAGGGCCCCGACACCAAUCCGUUUGCUACUCCCCGACGAGAUGUGCCCGAGGGCGCUCCGGACGCCGGCGAGCUGCGCCGUGCUCUGACCCAGGUCCUCAUCUCAGAAAGUCAGGAGGAGGCCGGCCCCUCAGAUACCCUCCGCCGCCCCCGGCCAGUAUUGCGCCGUAACACCAGCUACGAUGCCCCGGAGGAGCGGGAAAAGGCCGACGCCGCCGAGCGCAGUGCCGGCGAGCGUCAGCAACGCUCCGGGCUCGAGGCCCGUCAACGUGCCGACAGAUUGGCCGUCAGUGUCGAGAACUACUCGUCCCCGCCCUCGCGCAGGAACUCUCUCGACAUGGCCAACAACCCCUUCAGUGACGAGACUGACGAGGACCUCGAUCGCGUCGGCGGAUUGAGCACUGGAGUACAGGCGCCCAACAACUCGCGCCGCGCAAUACGCAACCGUCCCAGGAAGAAUUCCCACCUGGCUGCGGAGAACCUCGUCAGGUCACACACCCAACGCCAGAAGAGGGGAAGAGGCCAGCCCAAUGAUUAUUUGAAGUAUGCACCUCCGGCUGGUGCUCGCUCUGGAACAGCAACACCCACCAACGAACAGUCAUAUGCUCAUGAUUACGUCCCGCCGCCCAAGCAGUACCAUGGCGGAAUCUUGUCAUCGCUUCUCAAGCUGUACAACGAGAAUGGCAGCGGUGGCAGCAGCGGCCUCAACACCCCCGGGGGCACUACUCCGAAUCACUCGCCCCCCGGAUCCAAGCCGCCAUCUGCCCCGACAUCUGCACCACCCUCCGCGCCGCCGUCGGCUCCCGGGUCCCCACGCCCGUCUCGACCAAGCAGCGGCCUCUUCAGCUACCACAAGCAGCAAGGAUCUAGGUCUUCCAUGGCCCUCACGGAGCUGCUUAAGUCGUCCUCCGCCAUGAUGGGCCCUGGCUCGAGUGCCUUCUCAGCUGGCUUCACCGAGAAGAUCAAGCAAGAUGCACCCAAGCCCAAGAAGAAGAAGUCCGGCUGGGGCGCGUCUUCGCCUAAGAGCAGAUCUGACGAUAAGAUCAGGAUCACCAAGCAUAUUGCCCAGAUCCUCUCCCGGCAUAAGUAUCUGGUCAAGUUGUGCAGGGCUUUGAUGAUGUACGGUGCCCCGACUCAUCGUUUGGAAGAGUACAUGAAGAUGUCGGCCCGCGUCCUCGAGAUCGAGGGCCAGUUCUUGUACAUCCCUGGCUGCAUGAUCAUCAGCUUCGACGACAGUGCUACGCACACCACGGAGGUCAAGAUUGUGCGCUCUGCCCACGGUGUUGAUCUCGGCAAGCUUCGCGACACCCACCACGUAUACAAGCUCGUUGUCCACGACCUCAUUAGUGCCGACGAUGCAACGGUCAGGCUGGAUGCGAUUAUAGGCCGCAACUCCAAGUACCCAAGAUGGGUGCGCGUACUGACGUUCGGCUUCGCGAGCGCUUGUGUGGCUCCCUUCGCUUUCUCCGGUCGGUUCAUUGACCUCCCCAUCGCCUGGGUUCUGGGUGUUCUGGUGGGAUACAUGCAGCUGUACAUGGCACCUAGCAACGAACUGUACGCCAACGUAUUCGAGAUCACCGCUUCCAUCUUGACGUCUUUCCUGGCCCGCGCUUUCGGCUCCAUCAACAACGGUUCAAUCUUUUGCUUCUCGGCUCUAGCUCAAAGCUCCAUUGCCCUGAUUUUGCCAGGUUACAUGGUGCUGUGCAGUUCUCUGGAGCUCCAGAGCCACAACCUCGUCGCUGGUAGUGUUCGAAUGGUAUACGCCAUGAUUUACACACUCUUUCUUGGCUACGGUACCACCAUAGGAACAGCACUCUACGGCAUGAUUGACAGACACGCCGAAUCACGAACGACGUGCGAGAACCCCCUUAACAGGCAAUGGUAUCUUCUGUUCGUUCCGGCAUUCACAUUGUGCCUCUGCAUCAUCAACGGCGCAAAGUGGAAGCAGAUGCCUGUCAUGAUUGCCAUCUCCCUCGCCGGGUUCCUCGUCAACAACUAUUCGUCGGACUUCUUCGUGGGCAAUGCCCAGAUCUCCAACAUGCUGGGCGCUCUGACAGUCGGCUUACUCGCCAAUCUCUACUCUCGCCUCGGUCGUCACGCCCACAACAAGUGGCUCGACUUCCUCGACUGGUUCGACGUGCGUAUCAAGCCUCGCUUCGUUAGCAGCAGCCGUCGCCACAACGAGUACCAGAUGUCGGGCCACAACAACGGUAUCCACACCCCUGAUGAGUCGGCCCCGACAACGCCAACUUCCACGACCUUUGCGGACCCAGAAAAGCCCACGGAAGGAGGAGAACCUGCCAAGCGGACGCGCACUAUUGGAUACGGCUUGGCUGCGGCGGCCAUGUUGCCCGCAAUUUUCGUGCAAGUGCCCAGUGGUCUUGCUGCUGGUGGAUCCCUCCUUGCAGGAGUGACGUCAGCGGAUCAGAUCACGAAUAAUAACGGCACCACGGUCGACGCGUCCAACAUCAACAACUCGGCAUUCGACGUCCUGCUCAGCGUCAUUCAGGUCGCCAUUGGUAUUACCGUGGGACUCUUCCUGAGCGCUCUUAUGGUCUAUCCACUCGGCAAGCGACGCAGCGGUUUGCUCAGUUUCUAG